CUAUCAACCACUGUUGGCAACUAGGCCUAAAUAACUACAUGGCGGAGACUCUUGCAACUCCAACACCGCCCAAAAGUCAUCCUUGGUCUCCCACCGGGUGGGUGCAACCCUUUUCCCGCAGUUCCUGGAUUGAUUGCUCGAUCUUCCGAAUGGCAGACUCAUGGAUGCGUCAUUGGAUGAGCCUUCCUCCUGUUUCCAUUAUUUACACAGCUGUGGAGUGACAAACUGCACUUCCCAAUGCCCAUCCCUCGGCUGUGAUUCAGGUUGUAUGUAGCCGGAACGUUUCUCUUGCCAUCCAUUUAGUGCGCGACGUGUAGCAGCUCGUCUGGAGUGAGCGCGGAGCGU